AUGGCUGACUCUCCCAGGGAGGGGAAACUGGCCGGGGCUCCGGACUUCACCCAGCUGGCGGACAUGGCGUCUGAGUCUGUAGGAGGAAAGAUUUUAUUCGCAACAGAUGACUUUUUUGCUCCUGCGGAAAACCUCAUAAAGAAGGACCGCCCAGGCUUCAGAGAACACGAGCACGCUGAGUUUGGGAAGUGGCUGGAUGGAUGGGAGACCAGGAGGAGGAGGACUCCAGGUCACGACUGGUGCAUCACCAAGCUGGGGAUACCAGGGGUUAUCCGCGGCUUUGACGUGGACAUUUCCUACCUCACGGGCGACUAUGCUCCUCGGAUAUCGAUUCAAGCAGCCAACUUGGAAGAAGAUAAACAACCAGAAAUCCCACAGAGAGGCGCCAGGACGGGAGCCGCGGCCACGCCAGAGGAGUUUGAGGCUGUUGCCAAGCUGAAGUCCGACGACUGGAAUUACCUGGUCCCCAUGACAGAGCUCAAGCCAGGAAAGCCUGAUUCCAGCCACAAUUACUUUUCCGUCAAUUCCCAGCAGAGAUGGAGUCACGUAAGGCUCAACAUUUUCCCGGAUGGUGGAAUUGCACGUCUUAGAGUGUAUGGUACUGGACAGAAAGACUGGGCUGCAACUGAUCCCAAAGAACCAUUUGACCUGGUGGCCAUUGCUCACGGGGGUGCCUGUGUAGGAUUCAGCAAUGCACACUUUGGGCAUCCAAACAAUAUGAUAGGAGUUGGCAAGCCCAGGUCCAUGGCAGAUGGCUGGGAGACGGCGAGAAGGCUGGACAGGCCUCCAGUGUUAGAAAAUGACGAGAACGGCAUUCUCCUUGUUCCAGGCUGUGAAUGGUCAGUUUUCCGAUUGGCACACCCUGGAGUAAUAACGCAAAUAGAAAUUGAUACAACACAUUUUAAAGGCAAUUCCCCCGACAGCUGUAAGCUGGAUGGUUGUAUCCUGACAACUCAGGAGGAAGAAGAUAUGAUCAAGCAGAAGUGGAAGCUUCCGGGCCAUAAGUGGAAACCGCUGCUGCCAGUCACCAAGCUCUCCGCCAACAACAGUCAUUUGUUCGACAGCCUGACCCUGGAGCUCCAGGACGUCAUCACACACGCAAGGCUCACCAUCUUCCCGGAUGGUGGCGUGGGCCGCCUGCGACUCAAGGGCUUCCCCAGCUCCAUCUGCCUGCUGCGGCCCCGCGAGAAGCCUAUGAUGAGGUUCUCCGUGAAAGCGGGCUUCCGAGCCAACCUCUGA